CUUAAAUAAAAAAAAACAUUAAAUUAAAAACACAUUGUAAGUGGUCAAAGCAGCACAGUAAACUUAUCACUGCAGGCUGUCUAGCAGUGAUACUUGCCACUUAUCACUUUGGCACCACAGCGCUUUUCAACUAGUUUUAAAUACCGCUGGUUUAACACAACACACACAAUACUUGACGAAAAGCUUGUCGAAAUUUCAACACACGAAGCAUGCAAUGACACAGUUUCAACACUUUCAGAGUAAGUAUUAGAUAAGGAGGCACAGCAACGCAUGCGAUGACCCACAAGGUUAUCUGAGGAAUUUGAGAGAGCUCUGCGUAAUGCGCUGAAGCUCCAGUUGCGUUUCAUUACGACUCGAUAUAUUCUCUGCACUAGACACAGAACGGAGAAGAAGAGCAGAGCAAAGCUUUGCACAUGCACGCGUACAGUAUCACGAUCAGAUGACAUUAACACGUGUUGUCAUAUCUAGCUGGCUCCAGUCCAAAAUUAAUCCAGGAUUACACUUUAACACAGAGAGAACUCAAUGACUAAUAAACGCGGCUGACGGAGGCUUCAAUUGCCGAAGACUUUUGAGAAAAGACAAUCAACAGACUGCAAAAGGAAACAGAAGACACAGACGAGAUCCGAAACAAAAUCAAAAUAAUGAGGUCUAAAGGAGCGUUUGUGUUUGUGUUACUGGGCGCGUUAACAGCGUAUUACGUGUAUUCACCAAUCCCGAAUAACAUAGAGGAGAGAUGGAAACUAAUGCUCACUGAUUCUUUCUUCAGGAGUUUAAUCCAGUUGGCAGAACUGAGCGAGUGGAUGGGACUAUUGCACUACAUGAAAGUUAUGAUGUUCGUCACCAUUGCAGAGCGAGUAGUGCCUGUGUCAGAUGAGAGGGUGCAAGUGUCAGAUGAGAAUUUUGAUGGGGUAGAGGUGAUUGUGUACCAGCCAAGCCAGCAAGAAGAAUCAGGAGAGCUAAGAAGAGCCAUCAUUUACCUGCAUGGAGGUGGAUGGUGUCUUGGCAGCUCCCGUAUGGGCCCAUAUGAUCUACUAGCCAGACACAUGGUUACAGAGCUCAACGCAGUUAUUGUAUCUGUAGAGUAUCGUCUUGCCCCAGCUUAUCAUUUUCCUGCCCAGUUUGAGGAUGUGUACCGUGUGGUGAAGUUCAUCUUUCGUGUUGAUGUUCUGAAGGGCUACCACAUCAAUCCAGAACGGAUUGCUGUGUCUGGAGACAGUGCAGGAGGCAACCUUGCAGCUGCAGUGGCUCAGCAGUUGCAGAAGGACCCAGAACAGCAUAUCCAGCUAAAGGCCCAAGCUCUAAUCUACCCUGUUCUGCAAGCCUUGGAUCUGAACACUCCCUCCUACCAGCAGAACCAGCACAUGCCUAUACUGCCCCGCACACUGAUGGUGAGGUUUUGGAGUGAGUACUUCACCAGCGACAAGUCAUUUUUGACAGCCAUGAUGGCAAACAGACACAAUAACCAUGAAUCAGCUGAUUUGCUUAAGUUUGUCAAUUGGAGUUCAUAUUUACCUGAUUCAUAUCGCCAGACAUACAAUUACAGUGCUCCACCCGUGGUCACCGGAAAACGUUCAGUGCACUCUAUUGAUCCUCAUCACUUGCUUGCAGAUCCACGAGCCUCGCCAUUGCUGGUGCCUGACACAGCCUUGCGUUUACUGCCUAAAGCUUAUGUGUUGACCUGCGAAUAUGAUGUACUGCGAGAUGAUGGCUUGAUGUAUGUCACACGUUUGCGUAAUGCUGGAGUUGAUGUCACACAUGAACAUUACCCCGGUGGAUUUCAUGGUGCACUAAUGUUCACUACGUGGCCCACAGACUUUGAUAUUGGACACAGAAUGAUGGACAACUUUGUAUCAUGGCUUAAGCAAAAUCUAUAAAAUUAAUAUAGAAUGCAACAGUGGUUUAUGCAUCAGUUUUGGCUGACUGGUUCAUAUAAUUUUUGUCUUAUUUAUUUCAUUUGUUUUGUUUUGUUUUUUUCCUGUUGUUUACAGUGCACCACUUUUUAUCUUAAAAAGGGCACACUUUUGAUUGUAUUAAUCCAAUAUGGUACAAACAUUCCCAUUAUGACCAAACCUGGUCUUAAGAAACACUGGUCUGUAUUAUUUCCAGUCCGUUAACUAUGUAUAUGUUACUAAUGAAGGUGUUCAACAUGUUAACAUGACAUUAAUAGUGUUUUAUUUGAUUUUUUAUUUUAUGAUUAUUUUUAUUUCAGCCUAUUGCAAUUAUCACUGACUGCUUGAUGUUUUGAAAGGUUUGGUUUGAUAUGCAGUAAACUGUCUGAUGAAGUUCCGGGUUCACUGAAUUCUUAUCUUAAAUGGUGAGAAGAUAAGAUCAAGUCUUCAGUAGGUACAAGUAAUUUGCUUCUGAGAACUGAGAAAUGGCACGAUACCAUGGCUUGAAGCUGCAGUUCUUUUGCUCUUCCUAACCUAAUUAAAGUGCCUCACUGAAAGAUGGAAAAAUGGUAUGGAGCAAUCAUUUUUCAGAACCAUGAUUCAAACAAACACAAAAUCAAUUGUUUUUUGUUUUUUUUAGAUACAGAACAAGAAGUUAAAACUUAGUUACUUAUGUUUCAGUGGAAAAAAUGGACAUUAAGUUCUUCUCCACCAAUUCAAAUAAUUCCAAAAGAAAUGAAACAUCAAGCAUUGUAUGUCACAAAGCAGCUCGCAGUCUGAAAGCCUGCUGAAAAUAACAAGUCAUAUAGACAAAAUAAUCAAUUAAAAUGAAUGGUUAUUUUCAUCUAUUCAACCAAAAUUUGUGCAGCCAAAAGUAUUAACGACGAUUAAAAUAGUUUAGGCAAAAGGCAAUAAUAAAUUUUUCGUUUGCAUUUUAUAUAUACAUAUAUAUAUAUAUAAUUGAUUUGUUUUAUAUUUCAAAAUGUGUUUUUAUUGCCUUUUAUUUAAGUAAGCUAGGUGUGCAAUAAACAAUAUCAGCAAUGAAAAUAAUUAAAUCUGUCAUUCACUAAUUGUUUGGAUGGAUGAAAUAUUAAUUUUCAGUAUUUGCCUUUUAUCAUCCUUAUACCCUUGGGAUACUUAUCCUAAAAUUUCUAGAGUCUUCCCGAUCCAGCUCAAGCCCAGUUGGAUGUUGCUGUCUGAUGUCUACAGAUCAUGACAUGUGCCAAGUAACAGGCAAGGGACCUUCCAUGACUCAACGUCUGAAUCUCUUCUGCUUUCCAUAAUAGACUGCACAGAUGAUGAUGAUGCUUCUUGGUGGACACUACAUGCAUUCACUUUACCAUUCAAUCCCGUUCCACCCUGACUUAACAGUAACGCAUGCACUUAAUUACUGACAUUAUACUUUGACUAUAGCCAGAGAAGAACUGCCACCCUGGCUUAGUCUGUUUUUUCCUAGGUUUUUUCUCCGUUAUCUAACAUUACCUAAAGUUUUUUUGUUCCUUGUCAGUUGCCUUUGGCUUGCACACUAGAGGACUAAAUAUAGUUUGUAUUAUGUCUUUUGUUUUACGAGAUAUUAUGGCAUGACUUUAACAAUAUUUUUUUAGUUAAACUGCUUAUGAGUAUUCAAUAUAACCAACUUUUUAAACCCUAUAAUAUGCGACCAUGGCACAUCACCAAAAAAUUAAAAUUUUAAUCACUACACCAAAUUAUUACAAUUUCAAACCUUACAGAUUGUCAUAUAUCCACAUAAUUAAAAAAAAUUUGCAAAUGCUAUAAAUAUAUCCAAAUUUAUGUUGCUUUGAAACUGUGUAUUGUGAAAAGUACAAUAAAAGCAUUGAAAAACAAAGAAACCAAAACAAAAUUGCUUCCAUUCGUGGCAGAAAACACAAUUUACUGUAACUUUGUGUUUUAAAAUCAAAUGUACUGUAGGAUUAGGUAAUGGCUUAAAAGCAAUAGAAAAAUUAUGUUUUAUCGUGGAACUCUCAAAACAACAACAACAAAUUAUAUCAGGCUGAACUUCAUUCAGUUGUGGCCAGUGGUAGAUAUUGAAACUCUUUAAACUGGCAUGGAAAUGUGAGGCACUAAUGUGCAUAAAAUUGCUAUAUCAUUGUAUUGUAAGCAGCCAGUGAUUUGACCAACAUUUGUGACCUGCAAAGAAAAGUUCCAUAAGACAAUGUGACAUUCCAAAUUCCUCUGAUUCCUUUGUGGGAUAAUGAGUAUGGUGUGACUGAGAUU